AUGGAAAAAGGGUGGAAAUGGCAACCGGCAGUCAUUUUAUUGGAGAAGAUGCAGCUCACUGGUGUCCAGGCAAAUGUGGUCCCAUACAAUGCUGCUGUUAGCGCAUUGAGCCGUGCUAAUUGGCAACUGGCUCUCCAACUCCUAACCUUCGUUGUCACACGCCGCCUGCAGAUCAAUGUUGUGACAAUCGCUGCUGCUGCGACAGCUUUGGACAAAGCGGGCAACUGGCAAUUAGCCUUGCUCUUACUGCUGGAAGCGCAAGCCACAAACCUGUCCAACAUCAUCUCAUACGGCGCUGCAAUCAGUGCCUGUGAGCAGAACGAGGAGUGGCAGCAAGCACUUGAGCUGCUUGCUUCCAUGGUAUCUGCAGACCUGCAAGCAAACGCGGUGGUUUACAGCGCCACAGCUAGAAUUUUUCCCGCGGUUCUGGCACGUCAUUCUUCAUUUUACCGAAACGCUUAA